AUGACAAAUCAAUCUUUAUUGAAAAAAAUUCCGCAAUCUACCAGUCAAACACCUUCACUUCAAUCUCGUAUAUCCGGCUUAGCAAAGAGGCAAGAAAAGAAUACAGCCAAGGCUAAACUAGCAAAGAAUAAUAAGAUCAAAGGUUCUUCUAAACAAUCCAUACAAGUUACUAUUCUCAAUUUGGCAGCUGGUACCUCAGCUGACGACGUCAAAGUAGCUCUAAGCUCAUAUGGAACUAUCACCUCAGCAGAACUCAAUCCUGCAUCAAGUACCAACGAUAGUGUAGCCGUAAAUAUCUACUUCGAAAACUUAGAUGAGGCAAAGGCUGCCGCAGAAGCAUUCGAUGGUUUACUAGCAGAUGGUAAAAUAUUGACAGUUAAAGUUAUAGAGCAGAAGUCUGUUGACGACGUGAAAGACCUUUUCAAGGAUUCUAAAAUGUAUGCAGACACACUUCCCCCACCAGCUCCAUCUCCACCAAAAGCAUCAGAAUCUUCCGUCGCCCAGAAAGAGAAAAAGCCACCGAGAUCUCCAAAGAAGAAUCAAUUAAGCUUAUUAGAGAGAACUCAAAUGCAACCAAAAGCACAAUUAAGUUCUCAAUCAGGAACUCAGCAAUCAAAGAAAAACCAAAAGGCAAGCCUACUCGAAAGAAUAAAUAAAGAUUCAUUUGCAGGAAAAACUCUUGCUUCUCGUUUUGGUUUGCAGUGA